AUUUAUUCAUUAGCGGCACAGUCGUGUGCAGACCAUUCCCUACUGAGCCAACCACAAACGACCGAGCCAUGUCUCUGUCUAUACUGAAUUGCGGCAGCAAGAGAGAGAACUACCGUAAUGCCUUUUGCCUCUACAUUGCAGACGGCACUCGUGCUACUGGCGGCGGAGCGGUUGGCUCAGCGAAUGUGGCGCCCAUUAGCGUCGCUUUGGCCUUCAGAAGAUAAUCCCGCUCCUUCGCACGCGCCUGUGAAUACGUGAGGCACAUGACGACAUCCCGAAUGGGAUCGUUCCUUGUGUGUGUCUCUGUACCUACCUGCUUUCUGGUGUCGUAGUUGCGCAGCAAGAAAUCGCACGACUCGUGGAGCGAGGCCAGCUUGGAGUGAACGGCGUCAAAAGUCUCCCUCUCAUCCCGUAGCUCUUUCUUUACUUCAUUCAGCUUCUGCAGGACAGAGGGAGGAAAGGGAUACAUGAGAGCGCUUAAUCUUGCCGCUGGGGUCACCUGGUCCGCAGCUGCCUUGAUGCCUUCCUGCUCGGUCAUCUCCUUCAUCCUCUUCUCCCACUGGUCUGUCCACUGAGCCAUAUCGGUCUGAUAGGAGUCUACGUCGUUCUUUUCCUCUGUGUCGGCCACUGCCUGGGCCUUCCUGAUGUCCGCUACCAGUAUGUCGACGUGGUACAGGACAUUUGUGGCGCCAUCCUUCUUGCCACCGUACUCGCCUUCACUGAGGCAAGGACCGACAGACAGACACAUGAGCCAUCCAUGUGGGUGGCCUGUGUGUGCUCUCGACAUACGGUGUCUCUGGGGGCGGCGGGACAUCCACUGCUGGCGGCUGCUCUUUUUGUUGGAUAAGAGAUGUGAGUGGGCUGGAUUCCUGCUGUCCAUCAAAGGAGGAAGGAGGGCCUGCACACAUCCGUGGAAUAAUAUGCUCUUUCUCUCUCUCUUCUCAUACCACAUGUCACUUACCCGGCCUCUCUGCUCAUUAGCGUCGCCCCUGCCGUCGAUUUGCACCUCCGAUGUCCACCCUCUCAGAAAUUGGUUCUUCGUCGGAUGCUCCAUUCGCAGCGGAGUCGACAAGAGAGCU